AAAAAAAAAAAAAACAUGAUUCUUGGUUUAGGCCGUGUGGCUCAUGCCCACAUACAGCUUGACAUUUCAUCAAACACUUUGCAGGCAAGAUAUCAACUGAGAACACCUUCUACCAGAUCGAUCCAUUUUAACAUCGCCUCUCACAACCCAUUCUCCAGUAGGUGUUACCUAUCUAAGGAUAACCUGAAAAGACAUCAAAGAGCAACAGCAACGAUGAUGAACGGGAAGCAAUCGACAGAGAGGUAUGCGGUUGUGACUGGAGCAAACAAGGGCAUUGGUUUUGAGACAGUUAGACAGUUGGCAGCUUCGGGCGUGACAGUCUUGUUGACAGCCAGAAAUGAGAAGAGAGGUACAGAAGCCGUGGCAUCACUCCAUGGACUCGGUUUACCAAAAGUACUAUACCAUCAGCUUGACGUACAAGACCCUCAAAGCAUACAAGCUUUGGCCGAAUACAUACAAACCCAGUUUGGAAAGCUUGAUAUCUUGGUCAACAAUGCCGGAGCGUCUGGAGUUAUAGUUGAUGAAGACGGUCUACGGGCUCUAAAUAUAGAUCCUGCAUCUUGGCUUUCGGGUAAGGCAACAAACGUCGUUCAAGAUGUGAUGAAAACAACCUAUGACUCGGCAAUGGAAUGUCUCAGCACAAACUACUAUGGUGUCAAGAAUGUAACACGAGCACUCCUUCCACUCCUGCAACGUUCUACUUCCGGUGGUAGAAUUGUAAACGUAUCUUCCCUUCGAGCUGAAUUAUCGAGGAUUCCAAAUGAACAAAUACGAAAAGAACUUGGGAAUCUAGAGACAUUAACCGAGGAGAAGAUUGAUGGGUUUGUCGAGAAGUUUUUGCACGAUUUAAAGAACGAUGAACUUGAAGUCAACGGUUGGUCAAAGAUGUUACCGGCUUACAGUGUGUCAAAAGCCAUGCUCAAUGCCUACACUAGAGUUCUUGCAAAGAAGUACCCAGAGAUGUGCAUUAAUUGUGUACAUCCUGGAUACGUAGACACCGAUAUAAAUUGGCACACAGGUACUAUGACACCGGAAGAGGGGGCACAAGGGUCAGUCAUGCUGGCGCUUUUACCUCAAGGAGGUCCUUCAGGUUGCUAUUUUGAUCGGACACAAGUUGCCGAGUUUUGACCCGGUGUUCCGGUCUUCUGGUUAACAAUUUAGUUUGUUGUUCAGUUAACCGAACAUCAGUUAUAACACAGAUGAUCCCUCUGGUUUGCACUUUGUAACACUGAAUAACCGCAUUUUUAUUUUAACAAGUAAAAUCGAAAGACUAGUUGUUUUGUAUCAUUUGGGACAUAUUAUUAUGAAUUGUAGACAUAGAAAGCUAGCAUGAUGAAA